AUGACAACUGUCGAGAAGCCUGAAAAUGCGCCCGAGCACUGUCCGGGCCCUGAGACCGAAAAUGCAGGAAAAGCCUCUGCUUGUGAAGGCUGUCCAAACCAAAAAAUAUGUGCCACUGCGCCCAAGGGGCCUGAUCCAGACAUACAACUCAUCACGGAAAAGAUGAGCACGGUAAAACAUAAGAUACUUAUUUUAUCGGGUAAAGGAGGAGUUGGUAAAAGCACAUUCACGGCACAACUUGGGUUCGCUUUUGCCAGUGAUGAAGAUAUCCAGGCAUGCCAAAGAUCAUUGCAUUCAAUCGGAGUAAUGGAUGUCGAUGUUUGCGGACCCUCGAUUCCAAAGAUCAUGGGAUUAGAAGGAGAACAAAUUCAUCAGAGUUUGUCGGGAUGGUCGCCAGUUUAUGUUCAGGAUAAUUUGG